AUGACCGCAGACGAUGCUCCCGCCUUCAACCUCACUGAGACAGACCGACAAGUGCUCGCGCAAACCGACGAGGAAUUCAUCUACCACGAUUGGGAUGACCUCAAGUCCAUCAUCGCACGAAAUGAUCUCGGCGUGUUGAAGCGGAAACCCUCCGAUCUGAUCCGAUACCUGGCCUGGACCAAGAGCAUCAAAGCCCAGUACGGUUCCAUCACCAACUACAUCUGUCAGUGUCGGCUGCACUGGCAUCUCCCGGACACCGCAUCGACGCCCGCAACGGCCGACAGUGGGCCGGUCUUCCCCUUCAGGAACCCGAUCCCCUUUGCCGAUCCCUCGGACUACAAAAUCCUCCGCAAUGACUGGCCCUACGGCCUCACUCCGGACAUCACCCAUAUUGUCGUCUGGCUGCGCACCCCUAUCGCCGUCAAGGAGUCCAACGGCGACGUGACUGAUGAGUCACGUGCGUUGAUCGAGAACUUCGUCCAGACCACUUUUGUGGGUCGUCUGGCCCAGGAAAAGGACAGCUUCCCAGACCCCAAGGAUCACGUCCUCUGGUUUAAGAAUUGGACAGCGCUGCAGAGUGUGCGGGCCCUCGAGCAUAUCCACAUUCUGGUGAGGGAUGUACCCGACCGCAUCAUCACCGAGUGGACAGGGGAAGGUCCGCGAGAGGCAAGUGAUAGUGAGAUCAAGAACUAA